GAUUAGAUUACAAAGUAUUCUUUUGAAAAGGCGCUGGAGGAACCUGCCAUGGCCGCUCCUUGUCGAUUUAGCUGUGAGGUUGUAGGUGUUUGCUUGUUUUUGAGGGCGUGUGUAGAAACGUGUGUCCUCACUACAGAGGUUGGGGUAGUUGAUGGUUGGUGUCGGGAGACUCCCGGGAGAAGGUGAGGAUGGGCUAGAUCUUGAAUGAUAAAGUACAAGGUUAGUAGUUAAAGAGAGAAAUUAAAGUUCAGAAAGUAAUCUAUGCUGACACAUAGAUGUGAAAGAGUGUGGUGAUUGGAUAGAUGGGAAUCUACUAGUCUCGAGUGGUUUUCAAAUUCCAGACAUUUAGUUUGACUAUCUGUGAGCUUCAGACUUAAACCACUCCCUGCUUCAAACUUUAUUCAGCAUUGUGAACUUCCUGUUAUUGCUGUAACAAAUUACUGCACAUUUAAUGGCCAAAACCAGACAAACUGAUUCUUUCACACAGUUUUGUGGUUAAUAUUUCUGGUGGUCUCUGCUGGCUUCUCUGCUCUAGGUUUCUCUCACAAAGCCAAAAUCUAAGAGCUUGCUGGCUUGGCUCUUGUCAGGAGGCUCAAGGAGAAAACCCACUUGCAAGCUCCCUCAGGUUGGCAGAACCCUGUUUUUUAUGGUUGUAGAACUGGGGCCCCAGUUUCCUUUCUGGUUGUCAUUUCCUAGAGGCCUCUUUCUGGUUCUUUUGUACAGUGCCCUAUGUUUCUGAGGCUGUAGUGGUUUUAAAUCCUUCUUUUGCUUGGAAUUUCUCUGACUUCUCUUCUACCUCCAACUGGAGAAAGUUCUCUGCUAUUGAGGACUCAUGGGAUUAGAUUGAGCCCGCUCCAUAACCCAGAGUACCCUCCCGCUUAAGGCCUGUAGCCUUAAUCACGUCUACAAAGUUCCUUUUGCCACGUAACAGUGUAUUCACGAGUACUGAGUGUGGGUGUGGACGCCCGGAGAGACCCUCUGCCUACCACAGGCGGCAGUUGCUGUAGGGGCACCCAACACACACACUCCCAGUGCUUUCUGCCUUGGUGCCUUUGUGACACUUCCCAGUAUCCUCCUCCAGGGGCCUCUCCGACCCUACCAGUCUAGUCCAGUCUAGAAUUCUUCCAGCUUUUAUCAAUGUUGUCGUGACAGUCUUCUUGCAUUUCCUGUCCACUAGACUGAGAAGAUGAGUGAGACAGCCCACACGCCUUCUGUGGCUCUCGCUAGUGGGGGCAGCGGGCAGGCUCCACUUCCUUUCUCUUCAGGAGGUGAUUGGUGCCCCCAUAAGCAGUCUUGUACAUUCAGCUCCUGCUGUGAAGGCUCAUCAGAGUAUUUUUGUCCUCCGUGGAGUACUGGCAGCUUGGCCUGUAUUCUGUUUUGCCAUUUAUUAACUGUGUGGCCCUGCUUAGGUUAUACAGUGUCUGUGUGCCUCAGUUAUUGCAUUUGUAAAUGGGGUAGUAAAAUCUCUUAGAGUUGCUGGAAUGGUUAAGUGAAGUUUUGCCUUCUAAAGCACUUGGACUAGUUCCUGGCAGCCUUCAGUGCUUAAUAACCGCUAUUUUUGAAAGUGGAGAUGCUCCCAACUUUCAUAUAUGUCUUGGCCCUGCUUUGGGUGAGCUCACAAAGGGCUCAAGAGUAAUGUGACGAAGGAACCAUAGCUAGUGGUAGCCAGCCAGGGUGACACAGUGGUAGGGAACUGGGUCUGCUGUGGAAGGCAGCAGUUGUUCAUACCUGGUUUGUGAAGUGAGGUAUACAUUCAUCUUAACUUAGAUUUUGCUAAUUUUGCAUAUUAAAGGUAAACAAACGAUUUUAGGGAUAGAACUUCAUAUGUCCAGAGCUCAGAUGUCGUCACUAAUUGGUAGAAUGCCUUAAGGUUAACUUUGGAGUCUGUUGCUCUCCUCUAUUUUAAUGGGAAGGUGAGUGCAGAGUCCCUGCAAACAGUGAAGACGUCACACAGUUCAAGGCCCUGAGUCCAGAGGCCUGGAGUGAUAGUCACUGUCCUGAACUGGCCUCCGGGGGUCAUGGUCAUCUAGAGCAGUGUUCAGUCCACGUCAGCUCCCUUCCCUCAGCUCCUGGCUCCUGCACCUCCACAGACGACUGUUGAGAACCAGGGCCACGUGCCUCGUGCUUUGCAGGCUGGGCUCUGGCUGUGAUGAGACCCAGAACCGUCUCCUGGGUGCCGGGAAGACCUUUGGGCCUGCAGGCAUGAUGUCCCCAAUGGAACUGUAAGCUUUUUACCUUUGGAAGAAAAUGAUGAUGGGAACUUAGAGGUCAAGGUGGACAAUGUGUAUCAGAUUCAGCUUCGUCGAAGCAAAGAAGAGUGAGAGGUGGCAUUCAGAUGGAGUUAUCUAUCCCAAGCCCAUCUGGCUUGGCAAAGAACUGCUGGCCAGGUUGGCCAGGUGGUCUGUAGAGAACAGGAAGAGCGAAUUUAAAAGCACCCUUUCUCUCAUUUCCAUCCUGCGGUACAGUGAGGCUUACCGGGAGCUUAAGGAGAAGUACAAAGAAAUGGUGAAGGUGUGGCCUGAAGUAACUGAUCCUGAAAAGUUUGUGUAUGAAGACGUGGCUAUAGCUGCGUACCUGCUGAUCCUGUGGGAAGAGGAAAGGGCUGAGAGGGGAAUGACCGCUAAGCAGUCCUUCGUGGACUUGGGGUGUGGAAAUGGCCUCCUGGUUCACAUCCUUUGCAGCGAGGGGCAUCCAGGCAGAGGGAUUGAUGUCCGAAGAAGGAAAAUCUGGGACUUGUAUGGACCCCAAACUCAAUUAGAGGAAGACGCGAUCACCCCGGGCGAGGAGACCCUCUUCCCUGGUGUUGACUGGCUGAUUGGUAACCAUUCCGAUGAGCUCACACCCUGGAUUCCUGUCAUCGCGGCCAGGUCUUCCUAUGACUGCCGCUUCUUCGUCCUGCCCUGCUGCUUCUUUGACUUCACGGGGAAAUUCUGCCGCAGGCAGAGCGGGAAGACGCAGUACCGAGAGUACUUGGACUUCAUUCGGGAAGUGGGGCUUUCCUGUGGCUUCCAGGUGGAGGAAGACUGCCUCAGGAUUCCGUCCACCAAGAGAGUCUGUCUCAUUGGAAAAUCCAGAACAUACCCCGCCACUGGAGAAGUGUGGAGGGAUGAGCAGAGGACUCAGUACAUUCGCAGUAGGCAGGGCUGCCCCGCGAGCCUGCCUGAAGGGGGGCCUUCCCCUUCUGCACCCCAGGUUGCUGCUGACGGUGCAGGCCACCAAGAUGUCCGCAGAGCUGCCUGUGGAGCCGGGGCCCCGGCCACAGGACUCUGGCUGCCUGGGUUCCACCCCAGGGAGAAGGCCGAGCCUGUGAGGAACUGCGCUUCCCUUCCUCGAGAUUUUAUUGACCAAGUGGUUUUGCAAGUGGCAAAUUUGUUGUUAGGUGGAAAGAGAUUAAACACGGGAAGUUCCCAGGAGGGGAUCCUGAAGACCUGGAAUGGAGGAGAGAGCCUGUCAUUGACGGAAGUGGCCAAGGAGCUGGACAGGGAGACGCUGCAGAGGCUGAAGCGCGAGUGUGGAGGCCUGCAGACGCUGCUCAGGAACAGCCACCAGGUGUUCGAAGUGCUGAACGGGCGAGUUCACAUCCGAGACUGGAGACGAGAGCUGCAGAGGGAGAGGCGGCCUGACGACAAGCGGAGCCCGUCCUCUGAGGCCUUCAAGACUCGCAUCUGCUGGUUCUUCACCCACCACCCUGAUGGCUGCGUGCUGCCCUCUGCCUGUUGCCCAUUUGCCCACGGGCCUAAAGAGCUGAGACCACCCCGGACCUCCAAAAAGAAAAGGCAGGCCCCCUGACGGCCUGCACUGCGCCGGCCCUCUUCCUGCCUUCCUGCCUUCCUGCCGAUGCCCUGGCAGUCAGCCGCUCCCACAGAAGCCAGCGGAGCUGGCCGACUCAGGACACCCGUGGGCCCACCCGCACCGAGCCUUGCCACAUCCAGUGGCAGGCUCUCAGCACGUCUCCUUGAGGGCCAGCUGGGGAGUCCACUCAGACCCUUCUUGGGCAACUGCUGACCAGGGGGGCUGCCACACCAGCCUCUGCACAAGCACAGGCUUCCCCAAGGGGCAGCAGGCGGCCCAGGCCAGCGCAUCACACGCAGAUGCACUGCCGGGCUGUCACCUUCUGCUUUGAAAAGGCAUGAGCCCUGGUGUUCCCAGAGCACAGCAGUGCCACAGCCCUUCCCUGGGCCCUGCUGGGUGGCCCUGAGAUCAAAAGUGGUUCCUGUGCAAGGUCAGAAUGUAACUGCCUCCUCCUGUCCUCCCCGGGCCUGUCCCCGCUGUGUUUUGACAUUCUUUUGAUUCCUUCCAGGAGCGCAGCCUGUGUUCUCCUUUA